CACUCACUCACACGCACACCGGCUAGUGCACUUCACAAGCCUGUAAGAUAUUCAGGACACACACACUUCAAUUCAAACGGUGUGUGUGUGUGUGUGUGUGUGUGUGAGAGAGAGAGAUACACUGAAACAUAUGGAGCUCUUUGUGUGGAAUAAAGUUUUAAUCCUCCUGCUGUGUCACUUCCUGGAGUUCACACUCUGCUCUAAGGACAACGGGGGCUGGGGGCUGGACAACAGUCUGGAUGAUGAAGGGAGCUGUAACAUUGACGUCAGAGACGCUGCAACAAUCACACACACACAGUUCCUGCAGGAGUAUGCCUUUACCAAACCAGUGAUCUUAAGAGGAAUUACAGACAACACAGAGUUCCAGUUCUUGUGUUCCAAGCCGAGUUUACUGAAGGACUACCAGGACAAGAUAGUCCGCCUGAGCACGGCCAACACACACUCCUACAGGAAAGUGGACGUGAGGUUUGAUGAGUUUGUGACGUCGCUGUUGACGCCUCAGUCUGAGAAAACCCUGGGCAGUGAUACACUCUACUUCUUUGGUGAUAAUAACUUCACUGAGUGGCGUUCCCUGUUUGAGAGCUACAACGCUCCUCCAUACAGCCUGCCGAACACCAGCCCAGCCUACAGCUUCGGCAUCGCAGGUCCAGGUACCGGUGUUCCCUUCCACUGGCACGGCCCGGGAUACUCAGAGGUCAUCUACGGCAGGAAGCGUUGGUUACUGUACCCCCCUGACCAGGCCCCAGAGUUCCACCCCAAUCACACCACCCUGUCCUGGAUCACACACUCGUACCCCAACCUGGAGGAGCACAACACACCACUGGAGUGUACCAUCAGACCAGGAGAGGUGCUGUUUUUCCCAGAUCGAUGGUGGCAUGCUACUCUCAAUCUAGACACCAGUGUUUUCAUCUCCACUUUCCUGGGUUGAAGACAUCAUGGUCGUGCCAAGAGGACCAAUCAGAGAUCUUUAUCUGGUGACAUCAUCCCAGAUGGACCAAUCGGAUGCGUGUAGAGCGAUACCCCAAUAGUUCCUGUCAUGUGAUUUAAAUAAAUUAAUUUUGCUUUUAUAUUCUGAAAUUGUUGAUUUAUUAAUAAAUGAUGGUUUUUACACUUCA